AUGGCAAUCCUCGGCAAUGGGGUCAAAACCGACAUUCAAACAAAGCAACAAGAAAUCAUCCCAUUGCUAAAUGGAAUUAAUACAAGCUCAUUUUCAGAUGACGUUCAGCGCAUAGAAGCAGUCACUGCAGCUUAUGCUUUGGUGGCUCGCCUUGAGACGCCAUGGGACUUUGUUUUGAGGACUGUCAUGGGUCAGCCUGCUCUUGGUGCCGUGCUCAAAGUUGCCAUGGACGUACAACUUUACCAAAAGUGGCAUGCAGCCGGUGAUGGACCGAUGACCGUUCAGGAGAUCCACGAAAUGAUACCAGAAGUCGAAAUCAAGUUACUAGUUCGAAUGCUCCGGCAUCUUGCAGCUAAUCACGUUCUUGACGAGCCACAGCUAGGCGUUUUCAAACCGACGGCUCUUUCGAUUUCCUUUAAUAAGCCAGUCUUUGGAGAAUGGAUCAAUCAUCUAUACGACGCCACUCUUCCCUGUUUCUUCAAAAUGCCCCGCUUCCUAGCGCAAACGAAGUACCGAAAUCCAGUGGACGCUGCCGAUGGUAUCUUUCAAUACGCCAAAGACUGCAGGGGCAUGGAUAUGUUCAGAUUUUACCAGGAGAAUCGUAUUGAAGGCGAAUCAUUCAAUCAGGUCAUGGGAGGUGUCAUGGCGACGCAAGCCAGUUGGCUAGAUAUCUUCCCUCACGACACGCUUCUUGCAGCUGCCAAUGCGGAAGGUCCACUUCUAGUAGAUGUGGGGGGAAGCAUUGGCCACGACAUUGAAAGAUUCCGCAAGGCACACCCGGAAACGGCGUCUCGUCUCUUCCUCGAGGAUCUUCCUGCGGUCGUAAAGCUUUCCCAAGUCCCGGACCCUGUGAACAAGAUCGAGUACGACUUCUUCACACCCCAGCCAAUCAAGGGUGCCCGAGCUUACUAUAUGCAUGGUGUUUUGCAUGAUUGGUCGGAUGAACCAGCACGUAAAAUUCUAGAGAUGCAUCGAGAUGCUUUGACUCCAGGAUAUAGUAAACUCCUCAUUCAUGAUCACAUCACUCCUGAAGCUAUUGCUCAUCCUCAAACUACUGCAUAUGAUUUGACUAUGAUGGUCAUGGUAGCUGGCGAAGAACGUACAGAGUCACACUGGCAAGAAUUACUGAAGUCGGCAGGUUAUAGGAUUUUGAAGAUCUGGUCCUCACCACUGGCUGUCCAGCGUAUUAUUGAAGCAGAACUAGAUAUUUAG